AUGGCGGAUAAACGCUCAGAUCCGAGCAACAAAAAGCCAAAGAAAGAAGCAAUCUUGGACCUGUCACGCUUUGUAGACCAGUCGCUGAGGUUGAAGUUCCAAGGCGGUAGAGAAGCUACUGGUAUUCUCAAGGGAUACGACCAGCUGAUGAAUCUAGUGAUGGAUGACGUUGUUGAGAUACUCCAGGACGGCUCUAGUCGCACCCUCGGCUUGGUCGUACUCAGGGGACCUGCUAUUACGGUGAUAAACCCUUCAGAUGGCUCAGAAGAGAUCGCUAAUCCGUUCACGCAAGAAUAA